UGGUCGAGAGAUUGGUGACCAAACAACACGGAGAAAGUAGUAAACGCUCGCCGUCAGAGACAAACGCAUGUGCGAUUAUCAGAAGAGUUCGGUCUCGUACAGAUUCAGUCCGCUGUAGUCAUGCAGGCACACGAGCUGUUGAAGCAGAUGAGGAUCCCUGAGUUCUCCGAGGUCCGGGAUUAUUUCCGCAGUCUCUCCACCAACACACUCCUCGGCAUGGGUGCGUUCACCGCGGUCACGGCGUACUGGUACGCCACGAGACCCAAAGCCCUCAAACCGCCCUGUGACCUGAGCAUGCAGUCGGUCGAGCUCCCGGGUGGAGAGUUCGCUCGUCGAAGUGCAGUUUUAAACGGAGAUCCGCUUAUGACCCAUUUCUACGAAGACGCCAAGACCAUGUAUGAGUGCUUUCACAGGGGCCUGAGGGAGUCCAAAAACGGCCCCUGCCUGGGAUCCAGAAAACCAAAGCAGCCGUAUGAAUGGCUUUCAUACUUAGAGGUGAUUGACCGAGCCGAGAAAUUGGGAUCGGCAUUCCUACACAAAGGACACUCGAAAAACGGAAACCCCUACAUCGGCAUCUUCUCUCAGAACAGGCCAGAGUGGACGAUCUCAGAGCUGGCGUGCUACACAUACUCCCUGAUAUCAGUUCCUCUGUACGACACCUUGGGCACAGACGCCAUAAGCUACGUCCUCGACAAAACCUGUAUCUCUACAGUGGUGUGUGACGUACCCGAGAAGGCCAGGCUGCUGUUGGACUGUGUUUCCGGAAAACAGCACUCGCUCAAAACCCUGAUCCUCAUCCAGGACUUCGAGGCUGAUCUGGUGAGCCGAGGACAGCAGUGCGGCAUCGACAUCAUCAGCCUGAGAGACGCAGAGAAUAUCGGCCAGACUCACCGACAGCGUCCUGCGCCUCCUCAGCCUGAUGAUCUGGCCAUUAUUUGUUUUACAAGUGGAACCACAGGAAACCCUAAAGGGGCGAUGCUCACCCACAAGAACAUCAUGUCCAACACUGCUGCCUUCCUCCGGGUCACACAGUUCGCCUGUCCCAUCAGCCCUCAGGACGUGCACAUCUCCUACCUGCCGCUGGCACACAUGUUCGAGAGAGUCGUACAGGCAAUGAUUCUGGUGCACGGCGCUCGCAUCGGAUACUUCCAGGGUGACAUCCGCUUUCUGAUGGACGACCUCACGACCCUGAAGCCCACCGUGUUCCCCGUGGUUCCUCGUCUGCUGAACCGCAUGUUCGACAGGAUCUACGGUCAGGCCAACAGUGCCCUGAAGAGACGCGUGCUGGACUUCGCUUUCAGGAGGAAAGAGGCCGAGAUGUUGAGAGGAAUCAUGAGGAGAGACAGUGUGUGGGACAAGAUCAUCUUCAAGAAAGUCCAGGUAUUAUUGACCGGCUUUCUGUGA